AAGAGGUGGGCGUGGUCACUGUUUUAUGGCACUUCGGGCCUAGGAAGUGCUGCUCUUUGAGAACAUUGUAUUUGUUGUACCCUCACAGGGAUUGAUUGUGGCAACGUCUGUCUCUUGUGUCUUUCUUCUGCAAAGGACUGAAGGAUAAGAACAAGAAAGGCUUCAGAAGAGGAGACCUCAGCCAUGGGCUGGUGUCCUCCAUAUUUAGAAUGGCUCUUCUGCUCUCCGUAGAACCUUCAAGAACUGUAUUCCCCGGGAGAUUCCAACUUUAGUCAAGGGGCUGUGGAGGGGGCUCAGGAGAGAAAGACUUUGCUCCACAGACAUGAGGACCUGAAUUCAGGUCUCCAGCACCCAGGAGAGCCUGGGUCUUGUUGGCCUGUCACUGUGUGGACUUGAGGGUCCAACCUGGGCAUAAAUCUCAGGAUGUUACCGUGAUGGUCUUCUUACGAAGUUGCUCAGGCUGCCCUUCAACACGUUUGGUAGUCCAGGUCAGGGUCCAUGGCUGCUGGGGCCAAAAUCAAGGAGCUGGAAGCCCAGACCAUGUCAGGGAAACAAGCCUAUCAGAGAUUACCCGGGCCAGUCAUGCUGAUUGCCUUGCCUCCCCCAGCGAAGGAUUAUCUCUGUCUGUCUGUCACGUCCUUCUGCUUCUGCAUCCUGCUGGCAAUCCCAGCCCUGCUGUUCUCCCUGAAGACCCGGGAAGCCAACUCAGUUGGGGAUUGGAGGCGAGCCCAGAGGAACUCCAGGCUAGCCUUGGGCUUCAGCAUCUCCAGCAUCAUCGUGGGAUGCCUUUUGAUGGCCAGCUCUAUCUCUUUAGUCUUUGAAACAGAGGAUAUGACGUCCUCCUGAAUGCUCACCUCACCCAGGGACUUCCAACUGUUCUUGGAGCCUCUGACCUUGAACAUCAGCAGCUGCCUUUGCUGAGGGAGCUGUCAGUUGGGCAACAAUGUUAAGAGCAGUAAAGCUUUUGGGGUUUCUA